UGUCGAUAUCGCUGUCUCGACCCGUUGCUGCCCGCGCUGCAGCAUCUGAUCGCCCCCUCCGUGGCGUGCGAUUUACUGGACAUCUUCUUCAAGAAACCGGGGACCUCGCUGUUCCAUUUCGCAUCGCCGUACGUGAUCACCCAUGUCGUGCGACGGAAGGCGCUGUUGCAUCCGACGCAGCCGCGCCCGACCUCGCCGGCCUUGCUCGCCACGAUGCUGUGGUGUGCGGCGCAGACAGCGGACGUCGGACCCUUUUAUGUGCCUGGUUCGCGGGCGAAGAUCAUCGAUGGCCUGUUUUCGUUGUCCAUGUCGUUGCUGCGCCAGAGGGAUGUCGAUGAUUGGUACCGAGUGCAUGGAGGCUGGAGACUGAUAGAUGAUUGUGUGAUGGAUCCGGACCAUAUUCAGUGGGCCGCCUCCCAUCGAACGUUUCCCGAACGCCCGAGCGUCAACGUCGACGACGUGUUUACCCUCAUACUGCUGACUAUUGUGAUCUCCGGCGGCGACUUCAAGGCUGACUGUCUGAAGUGGUGGAGCAAGACAACUCGUCUCGUCAAACUUCUACGACUGAACUGUCUUGAUCGCGGGUGGCCCGACUGCCCCGAUGACAGCGGGCAGCAAGAGUUCGCCUCUCUCGAGGCUCAGGAGGAGGAGCGCCGUGCGUUCUGGCUGACCUACUGCCUUGACCGGCACCUAGCCCUCUCCUUCAACUCGCCGCUACACAUCUACGACUCCGAGUGCCAUGUCUUCACCCCCUUGCCGGAGCGCGUUUGGGAGAACCUCGAGGCCUUUGCGCCUGAGACGCUGCCGCCGCGCAGCCUGGGUCCACCCCUCAUCAUCUCGGGCGCCGGCUUCUUCGAGUACUUCCUGCCACUGAUGGCUAUCCUGGGAGACAUCAUCGAUUUUCACCAUCGCCAGUCGCACCCGCGCAUGGCCGCCUGCGACUAUUCGCAGCCGCUGGGUAUCAUCGAGGACAUGCUGCUCCACUGUGAGCAUAGUCUCACCACGCUCCCCUUGCUGGACGCAGCCGCCGCGACGGCCUCGCCACACUGUUCAUCAAGCUCGCCGCACGAGUACGAGCUUUCCCACCUCGACUCGAACAACCCUGGUAGUAGUAGUAAUGGUGGUGCUAGCGCCACUGCUCGGGCCCAUCGAAGCAGCAUCGGCAGCAGCAUGGACCUCUCCGACCGUGGCAUCCAGCUGGUGAUCGCGUACAGCACGCACAUUUUACACGUGCUGCACGUGCUGCUGCACGGGAAAUGGGACGCCAUGUCGAUGCUGGAGGAGAACGACGACUGGAUCACCUCGCCGCGGUUCAUGAAGUGCGCGUCGCACGCCAUUGCCGCUGCCCAGUCGCUCGCCCACAUCCUUACCUUCGACCCGGAGCUGGCCUUCAUGCCAUACCUGUUCGGCAUCUACAUGCUGCACGGCAGUUUCAUCCUGCUGCUCUUUGCGGACCGCAUGCCGCAGCUCGGGCCGAACGAGUCGGUUGAGCAGGCGUGCGAGAUCAUCAUCCGGGCGCAUGAGGCGUGCGUGGUGACUUUGAGUACAGACUUUCAGAAAACCUUCCGAAAAGCUCUUCGCUCGACGCUGCUCAGUUUCCAAGGCACGAACCCAUCCGUGGACUUUUCCAAGGCCCGCCGGACGGUCUUGUCUGUUUAUCGAUGGACGAGGGGAGACCGGGGGUUAGCUUUAUAG